ACAAAUUCAAGAAUACUUGUAUAUGAUGUCGAAUGGAAAGUAAUGUAAACGAGAGAAAUUUACCGUUUUAAAGUUGAUUAUGCCAAACUCGCCACCUUUUAUUUCAAGGGGAAGAGAAAGAAGGAAUAGAUCACAAUCUCCACAUAAUCGCAAUGCGUCUUCUCGAUCAUACCGACGGUCAAGGUCUCGAUCUGUCAAGCGACGGAAGUCCGGUAAUUACGGAAGACCUGGCGACCAGAGAAGAAGAUCUAGAUCUCCAGAAAGACGAUAUCGGUCACCAGGCAGAAGGUCAAGGUCGCCAGGCAGAAGAAACAGGUCACCAGGAAGGAAAUCUCCAUUACCAGGAAGACAGUCAGGGAUGCUGGGGAGAAAAUAUCAGUCGCCAGGAAGGCAGUCCCAAUCUCAUUCACCGGCAAUGAGAAGUGACAGAUUUUCGUCUCAUUCUAACGAAAACAAACUGUCGGCAAUGAGUGCAGGUAGUCGAAGAUCGAGAAGAGGAAGUCAUUCAGCAGAAAAUACAGCAGCACCAUCACACCAAGCUUUUGCUUCUCUGAAUAGAAGAUCCCCAGUACAGCCAUCUAGACAACAUGUUGAUUCUCGUUUCCAGUUGUCUACCUUUGACCGACCAGUCGCAUCAAAACGCCAGCACAGCAUUAGUCCAGAUAGAGGAAGAUGGAAAAGCCAGAAAGAAACUCCAUUUCCCAAAAGAGAACCUACCGACUCACGUAACGUUGUCUACGAGCAUCAAGAACUAGAUGUCAGCAUUCCCGAACAUUUAACCUUCGACAUACACACGGACCGGAAACACUCUCAUGAUCACUCGACCGUGAAGCACUACGACAAAGCCCCAGAGUCCCAUUUCUUCCAGGACGCGGGGAGAACGACAGGAGCAGUUGUACCGCGACAGACUCUUCAUGAGAGAUUUAUGAUUUUCGAUCAAAAACCUUUAAUCCUCGACGAAAACAUCACCAUCGGAAUUCAGCGCAAUCGUAACUGCAUUCCUUCAAGUACGGUGAACAUUACGAAAAUAUUCGAUGCCGCUUUGUUUAUAAUGCUGCACGGUCGCGAAGAAGGGAAGAAGCCAAUCUUUGAUCGGGAGGAAAUAAAGAUUUUCCGACACGAUGAAAGGUUAUUGGAGGAGGACGAGGAGGAAGAAGAAUUUGAAAGAAGAAUCAUCCGAGUUGAACCGGUACCGAAGAGAAGUUCGUCGGAUCAUUCACGGGGAUAUGAUCGCAGUGCAUUUGAAAGAAUCCAUGAUGACCAGACUUUCUCGACUCGCAGGUCUCCGCAUGUAAUAAGAAAGGACAUCGGUCGGUCAGCGUGGCCUGACAAACAUCUGCAGAUAACCAGACAGAGAAGUAACUCUCCACACGGCAGACACCAGGGGCCCACUGUGCACAUCAGACUUGAUACUGAGCCAGAUAAGAAAUUCGAAUCUGGUUCAGGCCGGGGCCGACACAGUUACAAGAUUCAGGAGAAGAUAGAACGCAUUCAGAACAAUCCCCAUGACUUGCGCCACAAUCUGAUACGAGGCCAGUUUGACCCCAGAAUGGAUGCGAGAGCUAAAAUCGAGGCACGAAGGAGAGAGGACAGUGGAGAGAGAGAUGGAAGUAGAGAUAGAAAGAACUGGGACGACAGAGGAAGAGGAGAGAGAGACAGAUUGGCCGAAAGGGAGAGACAUCCUUCAGAUCAGAAAUCCAGUUCAAGAAGUCGCAACGACUCUGGACGUGAACUCCCCAACUUCUCACGGCGAACAGACAAAUACGCUUAUGAAGAAUGGAGAGAGAAGCCCGAAUUGGUACCAAGAGGUCCGAGCUAUUUUGAGCAUGAUAACAGAGAAGACUUCCUAAGUCGGCCUCCUCGUGGACGUGGUGGCUACCUGCGCGGUCGUGGGCGUGGUCGCGGUCGAGACAGUGGCCUGGAGCGGAGUCGUGAUGGUGGGCGGGGUCACUACAGUUCGUCUUACGAGAGUCGAGACUUUGACAGAGAAUCGUACAGAGGUUCGAGUCGAGGGUCGUUUUCCACGUCGUACAGAUCUCGCGGUAGAGGCUGGAUGUCCCGACCAUUUCGCGGUACUCGCGGCUCAUACAGAGGUAGAGACUAUGAUUCCAGGCAGUCUGACGACCGAGGUCUGUGGAAACACGACAUGUUUGACAAGAUGGAAAAGAAUGAAGAUGAAAAACCCUCGAGUACAACCAAGGACACAUAAUAGAAGACAACGGCAUUCUUUGUUAAAACCUGAAACUGGCCGUGGAAGUGAAAUCCAUCAUGAAUUCAUCUUGUAAUUUGUCUCAGUCGAAUCUCUUGUCUCAAAACGUGUGUGAUGGGAAGGAAAGACUUCACCAGUAUCAUGGUCUGGAGGGAGAGCACUUUAUGAAUAUCUUGACUGGUUUUCCGUCAUAUCCUAACACAUUAAUUAGUUUCCAACCGAAGGGGACUAUAGGUUUCAUCUCCAUCCUUCUGUCUGUCGACACUAUAGUUUUCCGGACGUUCCAGACUAGACCACAUUGAUUUAUUCAUCAUCGGCUAUUGAUGUCAAACAUUUGUUAAUUUUGACAAAUAGUCUUGGAGAGAAAACCCGCUGCAUUUUUCCAUUAGUAGCAAAGGAUCUUUUAUAUGUA